AUGCAGCUCGCCACUCGAAGACCAGCCGCGAAGGCGCUGUGUCUUUUCUGCUCCUUCCGGGGCGUUCAUUCGUCGACACGGAUUCUGUCGUUGCGAUCUCUUCCGAGGCCAAUUGCCCGAAGACCGGUCCCGUCGGGACUUCACCCGCUCAUCCAGACUCUUCGGCACAAUUCCUCGACGGCCCAGGCAGACGCGCCGCCGCCAACAGCAUUAUACUCACCGGAUGAUAUCAAAUCAUACGACAAACUAUUCAAUGCUAUAAAUGAAAAACUAUUUGCACAAACUGUCGGCGAUAGUCCGAAGGUCCCUCGUGAAACAGAGGUGAUUCUAGCCUUCAAGGCGCUUCAACGACUUGCUACAAACUAUUCUGCUCCUAGGCCGCAGGCCGCCAAAGUCACCAAGGCAAAUCCCAAUCUAAACGAUGCUAUACUCUCGCUCGCCGGUUCUCCGGGCGCCAAUGUUACCCCGAGUACCAGCAAGGAAUCACCGCCACAGCCAGUUUCGCAAUCCCAAGAUACAAUUGAGGCCGAGAAGGAAGCUAGGUUGAAUGGUCCGGUACAUCCUUUGAUGGACAUGGCGUACCAUAUAGCUAUUCACCCAUAUGUCUUUAUCUCGCCUAAAGUCCUGGCUGAAUACGUCAAGCUGGCCUCGAUCCUCAAAGACCCUUCUACCUUACCUUCAGUCUUCAAACUCUACGCCAACAAAGCUACCGUCUACGACCCUUCCAAACCAGCCAGUAAACCCAACCCUAACGCCGCCAAGAACGCAAUAUCAUUCCAAACCGCCAAGGAGGCUUUACAAGUUGCCAUAACAGCAAAGAAUAUGCCCCUAGCCCUGGAUAUAAUAGAUAACAGCAUGUCUACUACAGCAUGGUGUAGACAUAAACUCUACACGAAACUAUUACCGUUCGGUGGUGCGGCAGGCGCAGUUCCUAUUUGUUUAUGGAAACUCUCAGAUUGGCUCGCACAGUUCCAGGAACAAUGGGUACAUGAUAAAGCUGUGGCGUAUGCGUUUAUCGGGUUCAUGACAUACUAUAUCUGCACAGGGAGCUUGGGAAUGAUUGCGCUGUUAACAUGGAACGAUCAUAUGAUCAGAGUCAACUGGAUUCCUGGGGUAUAUAUGAGAGAAAGAUGGUUUAUGGAGGAGCAAAGAGCGUUGACUGAUCGAGUUGCGAUGGCUUGGGGUUACCAAGAGCCUCAGAAGAGAGGCUUGGAAACCGGAUGGGAGUGGGAGAUGUUAAGACAUUGGGCUGGGGUUAGGGGAAUGAUUAUUGAUAGUUCGGAUAUGGUUGAAGGGAGAGAAAUGACGGCAGAGAAGGAGGCGGAGAGAUUGGCAGCGCAGGAGAGCUUAUUGGGUAGGCUGAAGUUAAAGCUUGCGAAGCCAAAGGAUACACCGAAACCGAAACCGAAGAGAGUGUUCGAGUCAUAG